AUGAGGUGCCUUCAGCUGUUCUUCUUCGCCAUGCUGGCUGCCUGUGUCUUCUCAGAGGAGCAGACAGAAGGCAUCACCAUUGCCUACAAAGUACUGGAAGUUUAUCCCCGAAGUCGGCGAGUGCUUAUAACCUGUGACAUCCGUGAGGCACCCCGGCCCAUCACAUACUCUCUCAUAGCUAGCCGAGGUGUCCUGGUGGCAAAAAAGAUUGUGCGUGACUACACGCCGGCCUCCUUCAACAUCAAUAUCACGCUCAAGUCCAGCCCGGACCUGCUCACCUACUCCUGCCAGGCGGCCUCGAACCUGGGCACCUAUGGGCCCAGCAGCAGGCUGCAGAUGUACUCGGAACUGUGGACUAAGCCAGUGUCUCAGCUGCAGGCUGACUUCGUCCUACGGGAUGGGGAUUCAGGUCCCACUGCGGAGCUGUCCUGCCUGGCAUCCUCAGGCAGCCCACCCAUCACCUACCGCCUGGUGGGGAAUGAUGGGCGUGUACUGGCACAGCAAAGGCCACUCCACGGAAAGCCUGCCAACUUCUCCCUCCCACUGUCCGAGACCUCCGGUGGGUUCCAAUGCGUAGCUGAAAACAGUAUCAGCGUGGACAAUAGUGCCCUCAUCCCGCUGCCCCCAGCAGAGGCCCGAUCCGAGCUCGUAACCACCCUCACAGGGGAGCUACCCCUGGCACCCACCUGCAUUCUGGCUGGCAGCCUCAUCUCCAUUGUAGUUAUUACCUCCGGGAUGCUGAACUCGACCAGGCAGAAGCGGGAGGAUCUCUGCAAGCUAGAGCCCAGCCUGGUCUACGGUAGCGAGUUCCUGGACAGUCAGGCUGCAUAG